UCAACAAAGCGGGGCCGGGCCGUACCAUGAGCGCGGCUCCCCCUCCCUCCGCCGUUUGGCGGCCGUUUGGGGGGAGCCCGGAGGAUGCCGAGCCGGGAGCUGGGCGGCCGCAGCCAGGGCCCGCUGUGGGCCCGCGGGCCCGGCCCGGCGGCGGGCGGCGGCGGACUUAUAGUAAAUAUAACUCAUAGUGCCCCAGGAGCUCCUUCAAAGACGAUACGGUUUCUGAAUGUGGCGUUUGACAGUUCUGGAGAUUCCCUCCUUGCUGGAGACCACCAAGGCAAUAUAUAUGUUUUCGACCUGAAGGGAAACAGGUUCAACCUUGUUCAGCGAACAAUGCAGGCGUGCACUGCUUUGGCAUUUAAUCUUCGCAGAAAGACAGAAUUCCUGGUGGCUUUGGCAGACUAUUCUGUUAAAUGCUUUGAUACGGAAACCAAGGAGCUAGUUAGCUGGAUGAGAGGACAUGAUUCGUCAGUGUCUUCCAUCUCGGUCAAUGGCUCAGGCAGGUAUGCCAUCACUACCUCCACUGAUACAGCGCAGCUCUGGGACUUGGACACCUUUCAAAGGAAAAGAAAGCUGAACGUUCGUCAUUCUGUGGGUAUACAGAAGGUUUUUUUUCUUCCACUGAGUAACACCAUCCUCAGCUGUUUCAGAGAUAAUUCUGUUUUUGCAUGGGAAUUCGAUACUCUGCACUGUAAAUACCAGUUGCCAACUGCAGUAGAAGGUUCUACAUUACUUUACAAGAGCUUUGCAGUUACCAGAGAUGGCCGGAUUUUUGUAGCUGGUGGAAAAUCAAAUCAUCUUCACUUAUGGUGUUUAGAAUCAAAGCAGCUGAUAAAAAUAAUCCAGAUGCCUACAAAAGUACGAGCUGUUCGCCAUCUGGAAUUCCUCCCGGACAGUUUUGAUGGGGGCUCCAAUCAGGUCCUUGGAGUAUUAAGUCAAGAUAAUAUUAUGAGAUUUAUCAAUAUAGAAACAUGCAAACUGCUUUUUGCCAUUGGGAGUCAUGAAGAGGGAAUUAGCACAGCAGCGAUUAGCCCCAAUGGACGGUAUAUUGCAUCAGUAAUGGAAAAUGGUAGUGUCAAUUUAUACAGUGUCCAAGCUUUGACUCAGGAAGCAAAUAAGCCUCCACCACCCCAGUUCAAAGUAGUGGAGGAUUGGCCCAAGUGCAAGUCAGAGGCAAAUAAGCUGACGAUGAAAGUGACUUCAGGAAGGUCAGAGCGGCCUUGGAAAUCCAAAGGAAACAAAAUUCAAACCAGACUGCUGAAAGUGCAAGCAAACACAUCACUUGAAAAUAAAGAGAAUGAAUUGCCAGGUGGAUUAAAUAAGAAACGUCUACAGGCUUUGUUGAAAGGAUACGGCGAAUAUCCAGCAAAAUACAGUCUCCAUUUUAAUUACAGGAUGUUUGUUUGGCGUUCCUUAUUACAACUUCCUGAAAACCACUUAGCAUUCAGUAGCCUAAUAGAUAAGGGUACCCACAGUGCGUUUGUGAAUAUUCAGAAUGAGUAUCCGAUCAAAAGCAGGAAACUGCUGAGAGUUUUACAGAGGACGUUAUCAGCUCUAGCUCACUGGUCUGCUAUCUUUGGUGAGACGCCUUAUAUUCCUUUGCUAGCAUUCCCAUUUGUAAAAUUAUUCCAGAACAACCAGCUGAUCUGCUUUGAAGUUGUUGCUACAGUAGUAGUUAAUUUUUGUCAGCACUGGUUUGAGUAUUUUCCCAAUCCUCCAGUUAAUGUCCUUAGUAUGAUGGAAAAUAUUUUAGCACAUCAUGACAAAGAACUACUUCAGCAUUUUAUAAAAUACAACGUGACCUCACAGGUUUAUGCCUGGCCUCUUCUAGAAACCCUGUUCUCUGAGGUUCUAACAAGAGAAGAAUGGCUCAAAGUCUUUGAUAAUAUCUUCUCUAACCAUCCUUCAUACUUCCUAAUGAUUGUUGUUGCCUAUAUUGUAUGUUCCAGAGCUCCAUUGCUUCACUGUAAUCAAAGACAGGAUUUUGAGUAUUUCUUUCAUCAUCGUAACAACCUGGACAUUAACGUUGUGAUUAAAGAAGCUUAUCAUUUUAUGGAGGCUACACCACCAGAUAUCCAUCCACAACGUGUGCUUGAUGACUUCGUACCACUUACAAAAGGACAGUACCCUGUAUUUAAUAAAUAUCCCAAGUUCAUUGUGGAUUAUCAAACUCAGGAAUGGGAGAGGAUCAGACAGGAUGAAAUUGAAUACUUAAGAGAGAGACAGUUAAUGCAUGAGUUAGAAGCUAAAGCACAGGAACGGAAGGCAGAAGAUGAAGCUUGGUAUCGAAAGCAGGAAUUGCUUCGAGAAGCUGAAGAACAAAGGCGAAAAAUGCUUCUGGAAGAAGAAAAGAAGCUGGCAGAACAGAGGCAAAGACUAGCUGCUGUGAAAAGAGAACUGAAAGUAAAGGAACUACAAUUUCUAGAUGCUUCAAGAAGGCGUUUUCUGAAAUAUCAGCAAGAUCAGCGCCAAAUGGAACUGAAACGUCUUGAUGAUGAAAUUGCUAGAAAAGCAUCCAUAAGAGAACAAGAAACAGCUGCUACUGUUCAAGAUGUAGAAGUACGACAGAUGGAACUUGAAUCGCAAAGACAGCUUUUUGAACAGCAUCUUAUCAAAGAUCAAGAGAGCUCCACACGGGAAAUGAAAGAAGAGAUAGAUGCCAGUCGAAGAAAGGCAGAUCUCGAAGAUCACGUUGUUCAACGAUUGAUGGAAACAGAUCGAGAAGAAAAACAGAAAGCUCAGAUGGUAGCUGAAGAAAAUUUAGCCAAAGCACAGCAGAAAUGCAUUGAGGUCGACUGGAGGUUGCAGGCACUGCACAAACUAAGGCACGACGAUCAGGACCGUGAGAAGCGUUAUGAAGAGAUAGCCAAGCUCCUUCACGACAACAGGGUAAAAGAAGCCGAACUGCUGAAGGCCAUGAGAGAGGCAGAAGAAAAAAAGUGGGAAGAAGUUAUACAGAAAAAAGCACAACUGGAGGAAGAGCAGAAGGCUGCUGGUGCUGCACAUGAACACAGGAAGCAGUUUUUAGAAGACAAAAUGAACGAUGCGUUAGAUUUGGCUGAAAAGCUGCAAAGAGAGGAUGGCUUUUUCGAGAGGCUGCAUGAUUUAAAGGCUGGACGUACAGGGAGAGGGGUAGAAUUCCAGCAGGUGCCAAAGUCUGGAAAUGUGUGUUUGAAUGAUUUGUCUGCAUCAGAGUCAUCAUCAUACAUGUCUUCAGUUAGAAGACAAGAACUGGCAUGCCAAGAGCGGGAACUGAUGGCAGAAGUCAGACAGCUCAGACAAAAGCUUACUGCACGGGCUCGAAUUAGACAUCCUCCAACUCAUCUCUCAUCUACAAAGUGGACAACUUGAGAUGAUGUGUUCUGGACCUCAGCUGUACUUUCAGAUUAUCAAUCAGUGAAACCCUAACUAUGUGUAAUGUGAUUAAAGACUGAUCAUAGAUUGUUUAUUUUAAAGGCCUUUGGAAAUAUUUUUAUAUAAAAAUAAAAUUCUAGCUAGAAAAAUGUGCAGUGUUUGUAACCUCGUUAUUUUCUCAGUAAUUAUAAUACUAUUUUUACUUGUAAAAUAAACUCACUUUUUACCAUUGUUAUUAC